AUGCCUAUAAUAAAAAAUCUAGAUGACUUCAUAGAACUAUCGACAAAUUUGUUAGCCAUAUUUCCAUCAACAACAACAUUAUCAAUAACGUACUCCAAUAAAUCUAAAAAAUUAAAAGCUUCAAAAAAACCAAAUUCAAAACCAAAUAAACAACAAGCAACUCAUGAAGUCAAUAUAAAAUUAUACGAGCCACAUCAAGGUAAAUUACUUAAAUAUAAGACCAAAAAGCAAAAGGAAUUGAGUAAAAUUUUAAACUUGUUGGGACCACAAGGAUUAUCUAAUCAAAUUGGGUUAACUAGUUUAAUGACUAAUGUUAAAUAUGUUGAACCUGAAACAGAAAACAUUGAUGAAUCAACUACUACGGUUGCUACCGAAGCUGUAAAUAAGAGCUAUAAUAAUAGUAAGGAAGGUACACCGACCGUUACUGGUGAUGUGAAACCAACAACAUCCAAAAAGAAGAAUAAGAAAAAGAAUAAAAAAAAAUAG